AUGUAUUCAGCAUCAAGUUCCUACCUGGGAGGGGGCAACAGCGCCCGUCCAGCCCCUCCCCAGUAUGGACAGUCUUACCCCCAGCAAGGCCAGCAGCAACCAAACAGUACUCAACAGCUUGGCUACAAUGCGCCUCAGCCUACUGGCUUUGGUGCAGCUCAGCUCCAACCUCAACAUACAAGCUACCCAGGUCCGGGACAGCAGCAAAGCUUCCAAGCUUCGCAACAACAGCCACAGUACACCGGAUACCCUACGCAAAACCAACAGCCUUCCCAGAACCAGCUUCCUCAACAACAGUCUUUUCAGACGGGACAGCCUCCUCAGCAGCAAUUUACUCCGCAGAAGACAGGUCAAACCUCCUCCCAAAUAGCCCAGUCUUUCUCCUCAACGCCUGCAUCGCAACCUUCUGCGCCCCGAGUUACCGCAUCAAGCACAAAAAUACCCAAGAUUCGGCUAUCAUAUUUGACCGCCACGGAUCAGGCGAAGUUUGAACAGCUAUUCAAGUCGGCAGUAGGUGAUGGACAAGCUUUAGAUGGUAAGCAGCCAAGGAAGAGGUCGCUGCUACAACUAAAAAAACAUAGGCGAGAAGGUCAAAGACUUGCUGAUCCGAUCGAAACUUCCCGGAACUGA